AUGGAGACAGCUGAAGACAAGAUUGCCGCGCUCCGAGCUAAUAAUGAUGUUCAGAUUGAUAUUGAGGAGGAGGAGGCAAUCAAGGCAUCCGCUGCGAAAACUACAAAGGGCAAUCAACCCUUGUACACGGCCAAAUCCUCUGCAAGAGCCAGCCAAAUCAAUAUUGCGACUCAAAACACCGCAACUCAAGAGUCACCAAUUGUUAAUAAAACCCAAUCAUCCCGUUACACUGUCUGGGAACCGAGUGAAUUUCUUCAGCCGGAUGACCUCUACGAUCCAGAUGCCAACGAAGACGACGACUUGCCACUUCCAGGUGAUUUGGUUGACCCGAUCAAACCUUUACCCCAUAUCCAAUCUGUAUCUAACUCACAAAGAAAAAGUUGCCGACUUAACCCACCUGCUAUUUGUGAUCCAAUCCCUAAAGAUACACCAAGACGCGCUUCAGUUGCCGACUUAACCCACCUGCUAUUUGUGAUCCAAUCCCUAAAGAUACACCAAGACGCGCUUCAGUACUGUGAUGGGGAUGAUCUGAACAAUAUACAAUCUUCUCUACCGACUCAAUCCGACUUCAAAGAACUGAAUCAACACCACAAAAGUUCAAACGAUAACACCCGAAUCAUGGUUCAACAAGCUGCUGAUGCUACUAAUACUGUGAUGGGGAUGAUCAGCUCAAGAUUUGGUUUUCAAAUGCCCAAAGACACUCAAAAACAAUCUGUCGAUGAGGAUGAAGAUCCUGAAGCUGUUGCCACCAAAAAAACCAAGCAGGCCAAACAAGACGAACUCAAUCUACUCAAGUUGGAUCGCGAGUUAGCACAGGAGCAAAAGGCUUUGGAGCUUGACAAGUCCGGCUCGGGGAUGUCAAAACUUCAAUUAGGCCGAGAGAUGGUGGAGAUGAUAGCAAAGCUAACUUCAGCAACAGUUCCUCAUGAGGAAGCUAAAAAGAUGGCUCAAGAAUUCCUUCAAGUUUUAUAG